AUGCUGUUUUGGUUCGAUCGCUGGGCUGGGGACGCCCCCUUCACGGCUCACUUUCCUGGCUUGUUUGCCAUUGCGGUGGAGCCGAGGAUAUCUAUCGCGGUGGCCCUUAUUGACUUAGGGAAACUCGCACUCCGGCGACCGUUCGAACCUGCAGACACUGCCGAUUGGCAUGACUUGCUCAACUGCAUCGCACUGCACGAGCCUGACCUCGAUAUGGGGGAUGACCGCACCAAGUGGCAUCUAGAGCUGUCUGGUUUGUUCUCCACUAAAUCCCUAUACCAGGCGAUCGCCCCCUCCCCGGGACCCGAGGCUCUCACCACCAUUUGGGGAAUCCGGCUCCCCUUGAAGAUUAGAAUAUUCUUGUGGCAAUGGAUCCACGACCGCCUUCCGUCCGGCAUGGAGGUCUUGAAGCGCAACGGCCCUGGUGACGGGUGUUGCCCGCUAUGCGGGCCCGAAGAGGAUUCAAACCAUAUCUUCUUCACCUGCGUGUCCGUGCAGUACCUUUGGAGCUGUUUCUGUGAAAUAGUGGGUGGUAGUUGGGACCACAACAACUUCCCCGCUCUCUUCGCCGAACUUCAGGCAUCAUCACCCUCGUCUCACCACAUUAGCUGGCUGACCAUUGGUGUGCUCGCCUGGACGCUGUGGACUGUUAGGAAUAGGCUCGUGAUUCAGGCUUUGGAGGCCGCUUAG